UGGCCUGUGUAAUGUGUAUUUAGAAUCUAUAAUCUGUGUGUGUAUUUGAGUUGAGUAAAAAGAUGAAAAAAAAUCAAAGUUCAAACUAAAGUUGUUUGGUUGUUGUACAUAUUUAUUUAUAGAGCUUAGGUUUUACAUUUCAUGUUUACCCGGCAAUUUUGCCAAGUCACGCGCUAUUUGUAUAAUAUAUUUUAACAUAAGUCUAAUAUGAAUUUAGUUGUUAAGACUGUCCUAACAAGUCGGACAUUUAGGUUAUGUGAAAGAGUUCCAUAUAAAUAUUUACAAGUUCCAAUAACCUCGGCAUGUCCGAAUAUACAGCGUCGGAGUUACUGCGAAGACAGGACGGAUACCAGAAGACUUCCACAGCUAAUGGAGUUUCCCCCAAUCAUAUGGCCUUCAGUUUUAAAAUUUAUUAAAAAUUGGAUGUUUGCUAAUUUCAUUAUUCGGCCCUAUUUCGACAACGAAUUCAGUUUAAACGAAUUCAUUGAAGCUUCGAAAUAUGCUGUACAGGUUGUUUCAGAAUGCCUUGAAAAGAGUGAUUUUAAAGCCCUAGAAGGCCUCGUAGAAAAGGAUGCUAUCUCAACUUUGAAGACUGCUGUCUCCAAACUAUCUGUUUCCCAGAGACAAAUGCUAUCUAUCUCCAAGGAUGAUAUAUUCUAUGCUUUUCCUUAUCAGGUAGGAGUUAUGUUUGAUGAGUCUGACAAGCGAUGGGUUGAGAUAACAAUGUGCUACCAUGUGCUGAGAGGACUCAAACAGAUGCAGGAGACUGGGGACCUACCACCAAUUUCAUUAGGAGUGCAGCCUGAAUACCAAGACAAAAUAUUUAUUCUCAACUAUAGAUUUAUAAGAGAAUUCACAAAAGGUGUGGAGGACAGUUGGUGGGUCAACAUCGCCAACCAUUUCCAACCACACGCACUGAAGAAAUCGUUUUAAGAUAAUGUUAUUAGUAAUAUCAUAGGUGAACAAAUAUGUGAAAUGUAAUUAAACACGAUUAUUGUUUG